AGAAGUCCACCUUCCCUCUUUUUGGGUCUUGUUUCGUCUCCAUCGAAUUCGCUCUCUAGGAAAAUUUUGGUGAAUUGGGUAUCGUAAGAUCAAACCCUAGAACCCAUUUUCCGCUGAUCAUAUAUACAUCCCACCCUUAGAAACGCUCCUUCUACCCAUAUCAUCAUCGUUCUCACCACCCGGAUUCGAUCUGAGAAAGGUACGAUAUCGAACACUUCGCUCUUCCUCUCCCUCUCUCUGCGCUAUUUCGUUCGUCGCGCAGUUCCUUAGACUCUAUUGUAAUAUGGGUGCUUGAAUUUGUAUGCCCUGAAGCACCAAUCGAAGGCAUGCAGGAGCCUUUGUCCUGUCGUUGAACUGUCAGCUCAAAGCUUGUGCAAAAUCAAUAAAUCUAGAAGCCCCUUGAACCGAAAAGCUUUCGUUUGAUUUACCCAGUAGUGCCUGUUUUCUUCAUAAAGCGAGCUCCUCGUUGCUUGCUGUUAUGGUCCUCGAGAAGCCAAUUUGCGGGUGCAUUACAUAGGUUUCAAGUUUCAAGAACUGUGAGAUUUGGUUCCAAGAAUUGUGAUUUGGGUCUCGCAUCAUUGGGUGAAUUGGUAUUGUGAGAUUGCAUGAGUUGGAAAUACAUUAUAUUCGCCUCUAGUAAUAUAGAGAAACCCAUGUAUUCUAGAUUUGGGCUGAUUAUGUGCUUGUGAAACGAUCCUUUAGUUUGUUUGCUGGCUAGAUCGCCAAUUUGCAGAGCAAUAGUGUUGACAAUGGCACAGCUUGCAUUGAAUUUUGGGAAUAACGAAUUAGCAAUUCUCCGUGCAUAUAAAAUCUCUUUUAUAUUUUGAACAAGGCCUCGAACAAGUUUGCAAUAACAGCCUCCAUUUGUUGUAAAAGCACAGACAUUCUUCACUAUUUAGCUGCUGCCAUAUACUUUCAAACAUGUUUUUUCCCGAAUGGAUGAGUCUUGGAUUUGAACUGGUUUUUCUGAUGAUGAUUCUUUCAGAUCUUAAACAAGAUGUCGAAGAAUCCGAAGGUCUUGUUUGACUUUGUCCGUAGGAUGAAUGCUAGUAGGGCUACGAAUCUCGGGCGUAUUGGAAGACCUGGGACGUCUCUUGAUCACUAUAAGGGCUCUGCUUUCAGCCACCGUAUCAUCCCUAGUCUCAUGUCUCUGCAGGGUGGAGACUUCACCAGGUCAAUGGCAAGUGCUGCAGCUGCAAACACCACGAAUGGCUCUCAGUCGCUGGACCCCAAGCACGUCCUUCGCCCCUUAUCUCCUCAUCUCCCCGUUUACAAGCCACAGCUUAGUUCGACGUCUUCAAUCUCCAACAGAAUCUCGGGGGCUUUCCUGACGGCUAAUGUGCUGGCUUUCUAUAUGCUUUGUCUGAAGACGGGUCCUCUUUGUCUCACCUUUGAGAACUUCUACCAGUUCCUAUUCUAUUCGUCGAAGCUCACCCUAGUCUCCGCUGAGCUUGCUGCCUUAGCCAUGUCCUAUCAUGUGUAUGCCGGCGUUCGCCAUUUAUUGAAGGAUUUUUCGGGGGUUUCCUUGAAGAGAUGAGAGAAUGUUGGGUCUGAAAGUGGUACCCGCUCUUCCAAAACUCUUGUUACUGAGGAUUGUGGUGAGACUGCUGAGAAUAAGUGGUACCACCUUCCAAAACUUGUAGUUACUGAGGAUUGUGGUGAGAUUGCUGAGAAUAAGUGUAUUGUGUUUGUUUUUCUUUGCAAUGUCAUUGUGUUUUUGAAUGUGAUCUUUGGAUCGAAACACAUAAGCAUUUGCUGUAAACUCUCACUUGCCAUGCUUUUCAGUUUAUACGUUCCUGCUAGCUCAUGUUGUUCAGUCGUUACCAACAUGUUGCUGCCUACAGUUAUGCGCAGAAACGACUGAAGUGAUAAUUGGUUCGUUGUAUCAUAGCCUUAUUGAUUUGCCUGUAUUAUAUGCCAAAGCUUAAAAAGCCUUGGACAUGUGAUCUGGCUUUGCUGCUUUCUUGUAGCGGGUGUGCAAAGGUUUGAUCCAUAAUGCUGUGGAAUUCAACACACUGGCAGAUUCGUCAAUUUAAGGCUUGAUCCAUAAUGCUGUGGAAUUCAACACACUGGCAGAUUCGUCAAUUUAAGGCUUGUUUGCUUGUUGGAUUUAAAAAUGAAGUUUUUGAAUCUUGAAAACCUUUGAAUUUAUGAUGGAUUUAUUGCAUUUUGUAUAUGAAAGAUAACAUUGUUUAUUUCGUUGAUUUUGAUCAUAGAUUUAAAGGUUUUUGUACCAUGGCUCACAAAUCCUUGCCUUUCAUGACCAAAUACCAAAUGAAAUGUGGUAUUUGUAAAUACGUGGGUCCAUGAAUUUGGAGCUAUAAAAAGGACCAAAUCCGUGGGACCCACAGAUUUGUAUACCUCAACAAACAAUGCUAUUUUCACAAAUACAUAAUGCUUGAAAUUUGGGUGCCAAAUAGAUCACCCAAAUUUCACAAAGCAAACGGUACCUUAUUUGGAUCUUUGUUGUUCCGAGCAUUCAUCGUGUAAUGAUAUUUGUUUUCUUUUUUGGAGUGCAAUGUGUUUUUAUCUCUAUGGAUAAGAAACAAAUCUACCAAUUCUUAGUAGUCCACUCUCCAAAACUCCUAAAAUCUACCAAUUCGUGUUAGUUGCGUAUUUCGUCCACUCCUUUAUUCAUUAACCACACUUCGCCACAGAGUAGUAACAAUCAUGUCUCCAUAUGACAUUAUGUUAAUGUUUAUAACAAUAUGGUGCAUGUUGGAUUGCUACGACUUUGUGUUUUUGUUAUUGACUUGGAUUUAUGUUAUUGAAGUUAUGCAUGCGCGUUUAAAUUUAUGUUUUAAGAGGAAAACAAUUUUUUUUCUCUAUUCUUGAUUCGAUAUUUCGUGUGGUUGACCAAGCCAACUGUUUAUUUUUGUCUGCAUGGUCCAGACGUGCCAGACCAAAUCGUACAUGCAUGAUAUGGUAUGGACGGUGUAAUAUUUGGUAUGGUCCCUAGUCUAUGUUCCAAAUUCUUGGUCUGGUAUAAACCGCAAUCUUUUCCAUCCCUAUAAAAAGUGAAGGUAUAAACCGCAAUCUUUUGAUAUGAUAUAAACCGCAAUCUUUUCCAGCCCUAUAAAAAGUGAAGGAAAAAGUACUUCGGAAAAAUGUGAUAUAUAAAUAAGUCCAAGUGAUCUGACCGUUAGAUGUACUUCGAUGAGGUCCGAUCAAUUUCAAUGGUCAUAUAUUGUUUUCUAUUAAAUUGAAUUUCAGAUU